GACCUCACCAGAGAGUAGGUGUGUGACUGUGGGGUUACGGUUGUGAAUUUUCAAAGUUCUUACAUCAAAUUGUGCAUAUUUUAAAUUAUUAUGGAGCCUUACGAUGUGAUAGUUAAUCAACCUGUUGUUAUUGACAAUGGCUCUGGUGUAAUUAAAGCAGGAUUUGCAGGCGAUCAGAUACCAAAAUGCAGAUUCCCAAACUAUAUUGGCAGACCAAAACAUGUACGUGUUAUGGCUGGUGCUUUAGAGGGGGAUCUUUUUGUGGGUCCAAUAGCAGAGGAACAUCGUGGCCUUUUAUCUCUUCGUUACCCUAUGGAACACGGAGUUGUUACAGAUUGGAAUGACAUGGAGAGAAUCUGGUCUUAUGUAUAUAGUAAAGACCAAUUAGCUACAUUUAGCGAAGAACAUCCAGUUCUAUUAACAGAAGCGCCUCUUAAUCCCAGAAUAAAUCGAGAAAGAGCAGCAGAAAUAUUUUUCGAUACGUUCAACGUUCCGGCUUUAUUUAUCUCCAUGCAAGCUAUACUUAGCUUAUACGCCACAGGACGAACAACAGGAGUUGUUUUAGAUGCUGGAGAUGGUGUUACGCAUGCUGUACCUAUCUAUGAAGGUUUUGCUAUGCCUCACAGUAUUGUGAGGGUUGAUAUAGCAGGACGCGAUGUCACGAGACAUCUUCGACUUCUUUUACGUAAAGAGGGUAUUAAUUUCAAGACUACAGCAGAAUUUGAAAUUGUUAGGACAAUUAAAGAACGAGCAUGCUAUCUCACUAGUUAUCCUCAGAAAGAGGAAACCAUCGAUACGGAGAAAUUUCAAUACAUAUUGCCAGAUGGAAGUUAUCUGGAGAUUGGUCCAGCUCGAUUUAGAGCUCCUGAAGUCCUCUUUAAACCAGAGUUGAUUGGAGAAGAGUGUGAAGGACUUCACGAAGUGUUGACGUAUUCUAUUCAAAAGUCUGAUCUGGAUUUAAGGAAGGUCUUGUUCCAAAACAUUGUCCUAUCAGGAGGCUCUACAUUAUUCCGUGGAUUCGGCGAUAGAUUAUUAUCCGAAAUUCGUAAAAUGACACCAAAGGACGUAAAAAUUAGGAUAUCAGCACCACAAGAACGAUUAUAUAGUACUUGGAUUGGUGGAUCCAUUUUGGCUUCCUUAGAUACUUUCAAGAAGAUGUGGAUUAGUAAAAGAGAAUACGAAGAAGAUGGUGCGAGAGCAAUUCAUCGUAAAACAUUUUGAAUUUAGUUGAAAAAGAUUUGAAAUGUUAUGACAAAUAAUUUAAGUACAACACAUAAGUAAUGGCACAUUCGGCACAACAAUUGACAUGUACCGUGUUAAUAGUGCUCUUUGAAUGCUUUUAAUAUCGCAGUUUUCUAAAUCUUCAAUUUACCUCUUUGUUUUGAAUGGAAAUAUACCUAUUCCAAGGGAUCACAAAAUAUGCAUAUUUAUUAAACGAAAAGGAAACGCAAUGGUUACAGAUGUUUGAAUAUGCAAAUAUUUAUUUAGUUAUAGUUUUUAAAUCCAUUUCUUAUGCUUUAAAAUUUAAAUCUAUUAAGGUUCCUUGGAAAUGUACAUAAAAGAAUUUCCAAAGUUAAAUGCACUUAAAUAAGUGAAACUAAACACUGACAUUACCUUUAAAUUUUAAAUUUAAGUUCUUUAUUUGAGAACACCAUAUUCACAAGUUAUGUGUUUGUUUUUUUAUACUAUUUAUAGUUUUAUUAUAUUUAUUGUAAU